GUGUGUGUAGAAGACAACUAGUGUUUACAAUGCCGUCUUUUGAUGAGGUUUUAAAACAGGCUGGAGACUUUGGAAAGUUUCAAAAGAAGGUCUUCUUCCUCCUCUGCCAGACUGGCAUUACCUUCUCCUUUCUAUUUGUUGGGAUUGUAUUUCUGGGACGAGAUCCCGAGCAAUAUUCGUGCAGGAUCCCUGGUGUAUCUGAACUGAAGAAGCAGUGUGAAUGGACGCUUGAAGAGGAAUACAACAUUACCAUUCAAGCCUCAAGCCUGGUGAAUUCUUCGCAAUGUGAGAGGCAUGACAUAAAGUGGAAUAACACCAGGCAUAAUUGUACGUAUCCACUGGCUCAUCUUACCAACAACUUUGCCGGUGAGUCAUUUACUACAUGCCAGGAUGGCUGGUUAUUCAAAAAACCUCACUCAACUAUUGCCAGUGAGGUAAGUAAAGGCAACGUUAUCCAGAAAAUUACAUUUGGCAGAAUCACCAUUUAUCUCUUUUCUUGCUUUGGGGCAGGACUAUGUGGCCUAAUAGUGGCUUUUGCACCAAACAUUAUUGUAUUUUCAAUAUUUCGCUUUCUACAAGGAAUCUUUGGAAAGGGAACCUGGAUGACAAGCUUUGUAUUGGUAACAGAGCUGGUUGGUUCAGAUCACCGACGGGUCGUUGGAAUUGUAAUACAGAUGUUCUUCACACUCGGAGUUGUGAUUCUUCCUGGAAUUGCUUAUGUGAUUCCCACAUGGCAGGGGAUUCAACUAGUUACCACACUUCCCAACUUUCUUUUCCUGUUAUAUUACUGGCUGGUCCCUGAAUCUCCACGGUGGCUGAUCACUCGCAAAAAAGGCAAGAAGGCCUUGCAGAUUGUGCAGUCCGUUGCCAAGGAAAAUGGACAAAGCCUCCCAGAGCAUUUUUCGGAGAUCAAGGUCUCUGAUGAAGAGGUGAGCAACCCCUCUUUGUUUGAUCUGGUUAGAACUCCGCAGAUGAGAAAAUUCACUUUGAUUCUCAUGUAUGCCUGGUUCACCAGCGCAGUAGUUUACCAAGGGCUUGUGUUGCGCCUGGGACUCAUACAAGGGAAUCUGUAUUUGGAGUUCUUCAUCUCUGCGGUGAUAGAGUUGCCUUCGGCUUUGUUAAUCUUAGCGACCAUUGACCGACUUGGCCGGCGUCCUCUGUUUGCCUCAGGAACCCUCGUGGCAGGGGCCGCCUGCUUAAUCACAGCAUUUUUACCAAAAGAUAUACCAUGGUUAAGUACAGCAGUAGCCAUCUUGGCAAGAUUGGGGAUCACCAUCACUUUUGAACUUGUGUAUCUCGUGAAUAGUGAACUGUAUCCUACAGUUUUCAGAAAUUUUGGUGUUUCACUAUGUUCAGGAAUGUGUGAUAUAGGGGGCACGGUAGCCCCAUUUCUGCUUUACCGAUUAGCAGACAUCUGGUCAGAGCUUCCUCUGAUUGUCUACUGUGUACUUUCUCUUCUCUGUGGGAUUCUGGUGCUACUUUUACCUGAGACCAAGGGGCAGCCCUUACCAGAGACAGUGGAAGACGUAGAGAAAAUGUCAAGUUUCAGUGUCUGUUGUGAAAAAAAACAAGCGGCAAAAUUCCAGGAAAGAAAUUUGACCUUUUGUUAAUACUGCAAAGCCUCAUGAGCUACCGGGUUUUCAAAUUCAUGACUGCUGGACACCAUCUUCUUUUUGGAGGAGAUGGAUUCAAAUGUGUCAUAAGCCCUAAAAGAACCUUUUUAUAAAGUAAGCAUAGAAUUUUUCUAUGGGAUAAAUAUGAACAUAUUUUCAGAAUCUAUUGUUUCCAGAUAGGGAACUAUUAUAAAUGGCUCUCAUAGAAGAGUAAUCA